CACUGCUGUAUAUAUCGACGCCUAUCCUACCUUGACUUUCCAGUUGCCCACCUCGCUGAAGAUGCUUCUUCUUGACAAGCAAAGUCCUGGAUCCUCUGGCGCUACGGACAGGACCGACAAACCCCCGCCUUACAUGGACAUCCCGAAUGUACCUGAACCUUCCCGUUCAAAUGGGAAUGCGCUGGUUCAAGUUCGUCAUGCGGUUGGGAUGCUUGCUCCGCCUCCGACGGUGAAUCAAGUUCAUCUUGAGGCUCGCAACGAGCCUAUCUCUGGUGUGUACUUCACUUUCUGUCUGACGUAUUCAAAGGCCAAUUCAUUUUUGACAGGGACUUUCUACAUCGACCCUCAAAUACCCAAUUCAAGUCUGGGGAAAAAGAAGAAGUCGAAAUGCGGAAAACAUGCAUCAGAUGCUUCGUUUCGGUCGCAUAAAGGACCGAUAUCACUAGAGCUCGCAACGACGGGGAGUGUCAGUAGGACCCAAAGGGCCACCGUGAACGUCACCACUCGUUCUGGUGAUGUAUCUAUAAAUUUGCUGCCAAUUCAUCCUUCGCAACCACGCAUGGGACUUGAUGUUUACUCUCGCAAAGGCAAUACAUUGCUUUAUAUACCUCCAACGUUCUCAGGGGUGAUUCAUCUCACAACACGGAAAGGGGAGCUUACGAUGCUUCCUCGUUUGUCGGCCUCGAUGAAGAUCUUGAAAUCGACAAAUAAGGAGGUUCUGGUGAUGGUAGGAUCGCAGUCUGUAGAUUCAACAGGGAACGCGCCCGUUGCGGAUCUUUGUCAACUCAAAUCUCACUCGGGAAACAUCGUUGUGGGGUUGGCUGGUCAAGACAAAUAUUCUCCUCCUGUUGGGUUUUGGAAAAGGAUGGGAGAGUUUUUUAAUGCAGGACUAUAACGAGUUUACUAAUAAAUCGAUAUCCAUCACCACCAUAUAUAUGUAUUAUGUGC